UAUUUUCUCCUUGUCUAUCCUAACAUAGAUAUAGGAAGGAGACCCCAAGAUAAAUGUUUGUGGCUACGCCGCUGCAUUUGGUUGGCUUCCCGCAGCAACAUCAAACAACCAUAGAUACCAUUUACUGGCCAUCUGAAAUAAUCUCUUGGUUAAACAUUUCCCCAGCCAGUUGACUGGCUUCCAUUUCGAUCCCAUCUUCAUUUCGCUGCCAACGAACCACCAGAACAGUCAUGAGCCCAGGAAUCAUCAGACAGGAGGUGAACGGCCGCCAGGAGUCUACAGAAGCUCGGGGAACCGAGAGACAUGGACCACGGCGUAGGGUGGCGGUUGUCGGAGCAGGUCUAGUGGGUUCUCUGGCAGCCUUGAACUUUGCUCGCAUGGGCAACCACGUGGACUUGUACGAGUUUCGAGAGGAUAUCCGCCAUGCCCUAGUUGUUCAGGGCAGGAGUAUCAACCUGGCACUUUCCCAGCGUGGCCGGAAGGCGUUGGCCGCCGUAGGUCUCGAGCAAGAGGUGCUGGCCACCGCCAUACCAAUGCUGGGUAGGAUGCUCCACGAUGUGAGAGGAAACUCCAGUGUGGUCCUAUACGAUCCCAUUAACAAUCAAUGCCUGUACUCCGUGGGACGCCGUCAGCUCAACGAAGUCCUUUUAGAUGCCUGCGAUAAGCUACCCAAUAUUCGCUGCCACUUUGAGCAUAAAUUAACAAGUGCUAAUCUAAAAGAGGGAACCUUGGAGUUCCAGAAUCCAGCCAAGAAAUCUGUAGCUGCCCAUGCAGAUCUUAUAGUAGGCUGUGAUGGGGCCUUCAGCAGCGUGCGCCAGCACUUGGUCCGCUUGCCGGGUUUCAACUACUCCCAAGAGUACAUAGAAACGGGGUAUCUGGAGCUCUGUAUACCCUCGAAAUCGGGGGACUUCCAGAUGCCUGCCAACUACCUGCACAUAUGGCCGCGUGACACAUUUAUGAUGAUUGCUCUACCGAAUCAGGAUAAAUCUUUCACGGUCACCUUGUCCAUGCCCUUUGAUGUCUUUGCUAGAAUUCAUAAUCAAAACGAUCUCCUGGAAUUCUUUAAGAUAAACUUCCGGGACGCACUCCCCCUGAUUGGAGAGCAACAGCUCAUAAAGGAUUUCUUUAAGACCAGGCCACAGUUCCUGGUGUCCAUCAAGUGCAGACCGUAUCACUAUGCGGAUAAGGCACUGAUCCUGGGCGAUGCCGCCCAUGCAAUGGUUCCGUACUACGGCCAGGGAAUGAAUGCUGGAAUGGAGGAUGUCACGCUACUCACCGACAUUUUGGCCAAGCAGCUGCCAAUGGACGAGACGUUGACCCUGUUUACCGAAUCUCGCUGGCAAGACGCCUUCGCCAUUUGCGAUCUGGCUAUGUACAAUUAUGUGGAGAUGCGAGACUUGACCAAACGCUGGACCUUCCGGCUCCGGAAAUCGCUAGACACACUGCUCUUCCGUCUGUUUCCUGGUUGGAUUCCUCUCUAUAACAGCGUCUCCUUUUCCAGUAUGCCUUAUCGUCAGUGCAUUGCAAACCGGAAGUGGCAGGAUCAGCUGCUGAAUCGAAUUUUCGGCGCCACUAUUUUUGCUGCCAUAGUAACUGGAGCAGCUAUAUUUGCACAGCGAUUUUUUUAAAUUAAAUAUAUUAUAAAGUUAAUCGAGAGAAUAUGUUUUAAAAAUGUUUGUAUACUAGUUACUUUUUUAACCAAUAGCACACAAAAAUUUGACUAAAAUG